AUGCAGCUUUACGAAGCAGAUGUGCAGCUAUUUUUAGCUACUGUCCAGGCUUUCGUCGACGUGCUGCCGCCUUGCCCGAAGCGAAAAUCGAAUGCAGCUCAGAAAGACGAGUCAACCGAAGCCAAGAACCGUUUGGAACGCGAUAACUUUAUAAGAAUAUUGAGGAUCGACAUGACGGAGGUAUCUGGAGACUCGACCAAGGAUCGUAUGAUGUGUGACGUGCCGGAUGGCGACGCUUUCGAGAAAGCAAGGGAAGCUCUGGAAGAUCUCCUCCUCAUGAUGAAUGAGCGGGUCGAUGACGGUAUCCCAAAAGAGGAUUCGAAUGACCCUCCUCCAAACUUCGCCAAGCUAUGUGCCCUGAAAGCCCUGUUGCAGCCUCACAACUCGAUUCCUACAACUGAAGCCUCAAUCACCCUGCCUCAUACGAUAUCAACUUGGAUAAGUUGGCCAAGAGAAGGCACCGAGCCAGCACAUUAUCGCAGAAUAACAAAGACAGUGAAGCAAUUUAAGGAGACAAUGAGAGACAUACAUAUGGCCAAUUCAUAUCUUGAGUCAACUCAAGUUGAAAUUAAACAACCCUACUAUCACUCUCAUCUGUCUCAAGAGGAUACAUCAUAUAAGAAAAGGGCUUUGGACGACAUACAGCAAGCGCACAGGCUCUGCGAGCUCGCUAAGAGUCUCGUCAAAGUCUUCAAAAAGGCCCCAGUGCCAUGCCAGCUGAAUCACUCAGCUCAUAUUCACUUGUCUGGUUUUGAAAAGGACGAGAUUGACAUGUUCAUUUCUAUAUGCGACGAACCAGAAUUCAGGAAGUGGCAAAUUGUCCACUGGGCCAAUUCAGGCUCACUCAAGUCUCCAGAUUUACAACAUAAUCCUAUGAGUUCUUUCUGUUCUUUACUGAAGACGUCACUCAAGAACCGUUCUAGACUACGGAUGCAGCUUCAACGGGACGGCUGUUGGAGCAGUCAAAAGCGAGAGACCAGUGACCGGUUUAUAAAACUAAACGUUCCGAAAAAGAAACUUUCCAACUGGCUCCGACCGGGGAAAGAUGGAGAAACAGUCACGACAGGGCUAUACAAAUUAACAAAUAAAAAGAAACUCUAUCUGGCGUUAAAGAUUGCGAGAUCUCUGCUCUGUCUUCUUGGAAGUCCGCUUAUCCGAAGCCCCUUGACGAGCCAAAGAAUCUUCAUUGAUGAAACUGCUGACGAAACGUCUUACGAUCUCAAUAUUAAGCCAUACAUCCUUGAGGAGCUAAACAGGUGCCUACACGAAGAAGAGUCGCAAAAAUCUGCGGGAGCGCAAUCAGCUAUGCUUUAUCUUGGGGUCCUCUUCUGGGAAAUAUUUAUAGGAGAGGAGGUUGAAGUCCUCGAGGAUGAUAAAGAGGAUUAUGAAGCUGAGGACGAAAAUGGGAUUCAAACUUUAUUCAACGCGCUAACCCGCGCGGAGGUCAAUAAACGAGAAUCGGACUUUACCGACAGAUCCUGCCUCGAUCUUAUUGCCAAUUGCCUCAAUUUAUAUCCAGAUGCUGAAGUAGUGGAUGCGGAAUUUCGUACUAAUUUCUACGAGAGUAUCGUUGAGCCACUAAUCACGUCUUUUUCAGCCUACUCAUUCCCCAAUAAAGCAGAAAUAGCCGUAAAGAAUAAAUCUGCUUCGAAACCUACAAGCUUGAAUAGAGAUUUUAACGCACGUCAAAACAUCGACAAUGAGAUACGGUUCCAAAAAGGUGGCUUAUUCGACACAUAUGACCAAACUGAUGAUCAGAAGAGGACACAGACUGAUAAUAACACAAAAGAUUUUGUUUCUCGUAUGUCAAGAUUUAUGGCCAACUACAUACUUCCACUACCCGACGAUCCGGUAGAAGAAAUCACAUCUGACUCUGAUCCUUUGAAACGAAAUAUUCGGAUAGCCGUUCUUGACACAGGCUUCUGCGUCGAUAGCAGGGACGAAUUAGUUAGUGAAGGAGAAGAGCGAAUAGUUCAGAAACGAAACUUCUUCAGUACAGACGAAGACGAUCAUAUCGACACCUAUAGUCACGGAACACACGUAAUUAGGUUAUUGCUUCGAUUUGCGCCUAAUGCAAAAAUUAUUCUCGCCAAAAUAUCCAAGUCCAAACACGAGGUUGCCAAAAGUCAUCAGAUCGUCGAGGCGUUGAAUUGGGUCAGCUCUGAUGAACGCAAGGCUGAUAUCAUUGUCCUUUCCUUUGGGCUCGACCCAACUUCAGGAAUGAAAGAAUCUAUUAAGAGACUCGUUGAGGCAGGUAAAAUUAUAUUUGCUGCCGCUUCCAAUAGUGGAGGUAACCAAACCAGGGCAUUUCCAGCUAAUCAAGAUGGUGUUUUCUGCAUCCAUGUCUCGGAUGGGUUAGGCAACAAGGUUGGAAUUAAUCCGACCCCCGUAAGCGAUGACAACUUCUCUACUUUGGGAAACGCCAUUGAUUCGAAGUGGAAGGGGGACGAAGUCUAUAUCAAUGGAUCAUCUUUCGCUGCACCCGUCGCUGCAGCUAUUGCAGCAAAUGCCCUAGAGUUUAUUAGACAUCACCUAACCGCCGCAGGCGAUCGCCCAAUGGAAUUCUACACUCCCAAAGUCAUGAGAGACUUAUUUCAAUGUCUCUCUGAUCGUAUAGACGGCUACGACUAUGUAAAACCUUGGAAAAGGUAUCUUUGGGAUAACAAGACCAACAUUGAAGAAAUCUGCACUGCUUUAAGAGCUCUAGAGAGGUACGGAGCGAAAUGGUGGAUCCAGAGGACAUCUGAAACCUCAUUUCCCGGGUUCGGAAAACCACGUUGCGAUCCAGAAGAUGGAACUGAUUAG